GUGGCCCUCUCCCCACCGUGCCCUGCUGUCGCCCCCACCCCAUUCCCUUCUCCAGGUCUGAUGAUGGAGGAGCCUUGGCCUUGGCUGUCCCAGGGGAGGAGGUGAAAUUCCUCAGCUCUCCACCAAGAUCGGCAACAAAAGCCUGAUCCCUGGAACACACCAGGCCUCACCUAGAGGUUCAGCCAUUGGAUUAUAGGAACUGCCCUGGCCUGACUCACCCAAUAUGGAGGAGGUGCCUGGGGAUGCCCCCUGUGAACACUUUGAGGCCAACAUGCUUACCCAGAACCACCGUCAAAACUGCUUCCACCCUGAGGAGGCCCACGGAGCAAGAUACCAGGUGAGCCAGUUUUCCACGUGGUUGAGGGGCCCAUCCCCCUCAGCAGGGCUCCCAGAAGAGGGUCCCACAGCCGCCCCCAGGAGCGGGAGCCAUGAUCUUGAGGCAGUGCCCUAUCUGGAGGGCCUGACCACUUCCCUGCGUGGCAGCUGCAACGAGGACCCCGGCUCUGACCCCGGCUCCAGCGCUGACUCCGCCACCCCUGAUGAUACCAGCAACUCGUCCUCUGUGGAUUGGGACACUGUUGAGAGGCAGGAGGAGGCCCCCAACUGGGACGAGCUCGCAGUGAUGAUCCCUAGGAGACCUCAGGAGGGGCCGAAAGCUGACAGCUCCCAAAAGGCUCCGUCUCUCCUCACCAGGUCCCCUGUGGGAGGAGACACUGCAGGCCAGAAAAAGGAGGGUGAGUCCUUCUGCCAGGUUGGUUCCCAUGGUGAUGGCCUGGGGCCCCCCCAGAUAGCCAUCUCACUGGCCAUUUGGGACCUUGGAGCCACCCAACGAGACAACCCCAGAACAUCCUGUGUCCAGCGGGACGAUCCCAGAGCCUCCUCUCCCAACAGAGCUUCCCAACAGGACAACCCCAGAACUUCUAUUCAACAGAACAUCCCCAGAUCAUCUUCUACCCAACAAGACAACCCUAAAACCUCUUGUACCAAACGGGAUAACCUCAGACCCACUCGUACACAGCGGGACCACACACAGUCCUUUUCCUUUCAACGAGACAACCCUGGAACCUCCUCAUCUCAGUGCUGCACCCAAAAGGAGAAUCUGAGACCAUCAUCUCCCCACCGCUCCACUCAAUGGAACAAUCCCAGGAAUUCGUCUCCACAUCGUACUAACAAAGACAUCCCCUGGGCCUCCUUUCCCCUCCGGCCAACUCAGAGUGAUGGUCCCCGAACCUCUUCCCCAUCUCGCUCCAAGCAAAAUGAGGUUCCCUGGGCAUCCAUCGCCCUCCGGCCAACCCAAGGUGACAGGCCUCAGACAUCCUCUCCCAGCAGGCCAGCCCAGCAUGACCCACCCCGGUCCUCCUUUGGCCCCACCCAGUACAACUUGCCAUCCCGGGUCACCUCUUCCUCCCCUAACCCAGGCCACCAGAGCACCUCCCGGACUUCCUCACCUGUGUACCCUGCUGCCUGUGGGGUUCCCUUGACCUAUCCUGAGCCCUCCCAGCCUCCAUGUGCUGUGUGCAUUGGGCACCGGGAUGCCCCUCGGGCCUCUUCGCCCCCUCGCUAUUUGCAGCAUGACCCCUUCCCCUUCUUCCCAGAGCCCCACGCCCCAGAGAGUGAAUUGCCCCACCACGAGCCUCCCUAUAUACCACCUGCUGUGUGCAUUGGACACCGAGAUGCCCCCCAGGCGUCCUCGCCCCCCCGCCACACCCAAUUUGACCCCUUCCCCUUCCUCCCAGACACAUCAGAUGCCGAACAUCAGUGUCAGUCCCCCCAACACGAGCCCCUUCAGCUCCCCGCACCUGUAUGUAUUGGGUACCGAGACGCACCCCGGGCCUCCUCCCCACCACGCCAGGCCCCAGAGCCUUCCCUCUUGUUCCAGGACCUCCCCAGGGCCAGCACAGAGAGCCUUGUGCCUUCCAUGGACUCUCUGCACGAGGGCCCCCAAAUCCCCACCCCUGUGUGCAUUGGGCACCGGGAUGCACCCUCCUUCUCAUCCCCACCACGCCAGGCUCCUGAGCCAUCCCUCUUCUUCCAGGACGCCCCUGGAACUAGUAUGGAGAGCCUGGCCCCCUCCACUGACUCUCUGCAUGGCUCCCUAGUGCUGAUCCCCCAAGUGUGCAUCGGGCACCGGGAUGCACCCCGAGCCUCCUCCCCACCCCGCCACCCACCCAGUGAUCUAGCGUUCCUGGCACCCUCACCUUCGCCGGGCAGCUCCAGGGGUUCCCGGGGCUCAGCACCUCCCGGGGAGACCAGGCACAACUUGGAGCGGGAGGAGUACACUGUGCUGGCUGACCUGCCCCCACCCAGGAGGCUGGCCCAGAGACAGCCAGGGACCCAAGCGCAGCACAGCAGCGGGGGCCGCACCCGCAGCCCUGGCCGCGCGGAGGUGGAGCGCCUCUUCGGGCAAGAGCGCAGGAAGUCCGAGGCAGCGGGGGCCUUCCAGGUCCAGGACGAGGGACGGUCACAGCGGCCCAGCCAAGGCCAGAGCCAACUUCUCCGAAGACAGUCCAGCCCUGCCCCCAGCAGGCAGGUGACCAAGCGCCCUGCCAAACAGGCAGAACUGACCUGGCGGAGCCAAGCAGAGCCCCCUCAUUCUCGGAGUCCUGAGAAGAGACCUGAGGGAGAUCGGCGGCUCCAGGGGUCCCCGCUGCCUCCCAGGACAUCAGCCAGGACCCCUGAGAGGGAGCUGCAGACACAGAGACCUCUGGAGAGUGGCCAAGCAGGCCCAAGACAGCCUCUGGGGGCGUGGCAGAGUCAGGAGGAACCGCCAGGGUCCCAGGGCCCUCACAGACACCUGGAGAGGAGCUGGAGCAGCCAGGAGGGAGGCCUGGGGGCAGCCAAAGCCUUGGAGGGAGCAUGGGGGGGCCCUCCUGGGGAGUACAGGGAGAGCUGGGGACAGCCAGAGGCCUGGGAAGAGGCGGCCACCCAUGAGCCCCCCAGAGAACUAGGGAAGAGAAGCCCGCUCACAAGCCCCCCUGAGAACUGGGGAGGCCCCACAGAGUCCUCACAAUCCAGGCGCCCUGGGACACCCACUACUGUGGGCUGGGGGGCAGAGGGAGCAUGUCCAUACUCGCAUGGCCCUGAGAGGCGACCCGAGCUUGACUGGAGGGACCUGCUUGGUCUUCUCCGGGCACCAGGAGAGGGGGCCUGGGCCCGUCUCCCCAGACUGGACUGGGAGGGCCUCUUGGAGCUCCUGCAGGCCAGGCUGCCCCGCAAGGACCCAGCUGGACACAGGGAUGACCUGGUCAGGGCUUCAGGGCCAGAGAUGGGUCCCCCAGGCACAAAGGAUGUCCCCGAGCAGGAGUCACACAGUCAGCCAGAAGGCUGGGCCGAGGCCACCCCAGUCAACGGACUCAGCCCCGCACCGCGGCCCCAGAGCCCGGCCCAGCCGCCCAGCCCUGCCUGCACCUCCACCCAGUGGCCAAAGACCAAAGUGACAAGAGGACCAGCGACCGUAACUCUGGCAGGCCUAGAGCAGACGGGCCCCCUGGGGAGCAGGAGCACUGCAGAGGGCCCCAGUUUGCCAGAGCUGCAGUUCCAACCAGAGGAGCCUGAGGAGUCAGAACCAAGCAGAGGCCAAGACCCCCUGACUGACCAGAAGCAGGCAGACUCGGCAGACAAGAGGCCAGCAGAGGGCAAGGCUGGGAGCCCGCUCAAGGGCCGACUGGUGACCUCAUGGCGGAUGCCCGGGGACCGGCCCACGCUGUUCAAUCCGUUCCUGCUGUCUCUGGGGGUCCUCAGGUGGCAAAGGCCCGAUCUGCUCAACUUCAAGAAGGGAUGGAUGUCGAUCUUGGAUGAGCCUGGAGAGCCUCCCUCCCCUUCGCUCACCACCACCUCUACUUCACAGUGGAAGAAACAUUGGUUUGUGCUGACAGAUUCAAGUCUCAAAUAUUACAGAGACUCCACCGCUGAGGAGGCAGACGAGCUGGAUGGUGAGAUCGACCUGCGUUCUUGCACGGAUGUCACCGAGUACGCGGUGCAGCGCAACUAUGGCUUCCAGAUCCACACCAAGGAUGCUGUCUAUACCUUGUCGGCCAUGACCUCAGGCAUCCGGCGGAACUGGAUCGAGGCUCUGAGAAAGACCGUGCGUCCAACUUCAGCUCCAGAUGUCACCAAGCUCUCGGACUGUAAUAAGGAGAACACGCUGCACAACUACGGCACCCAGAAGGGCCCCCUGAAGGCAGGGGAGCAGCGGGCGGGCAUUGAGGUCGUCAGCCGGGGUGGCCCUCGGAAGGCAGAUGGGCAGCGGCAGGCCUUGGACUACGUGGAGCUCUCCCCGCUGACCCAGGCCCCCCCGCAGCGGGCCCGCACCCCGGCCCGCACUCCUGACCGCCUGGCCAAGCAGGAGGAGCUGGAGCGGGACCUGGCCCAGCGCUCCGAGGAGCGACGCAAGUGGUUUGAGGCCACAGACAGCAGGACCCCAGAGGUGCCCGCUGGUGAGGGGCUGCGCCGGGGCCUGGGUGCCCCCCUGACUGAGGACCAGCAAAACCGGCUCAGUGAGGAGAUCGAGAAGAAGUGGCAGGAGCUGGAGAAGCUGCCUCUGCGGGAGAAUAAGCGGGUGCCCCUCACUGCCCUGCUCAACCAAAGCCGCGGAGAGCGCCGAGGGCCCCCAAGUGACAGCCACGAGGCACUGGAGAAGGAGGUUCAGGCUCUUCGGGCCCAGCUGGAGGCGUGGCGUCUCCAAGGGGAGGCUCCUCAGAGUGCGCCGAGAUCCCAGGAGGACGGCCACAUCCCCCCGGGCUACAUCUCACAGGAGGCAUGUGAGCGCAGCCUGGCAGAGAUGGAGUCCUCACACCAGCAGGUGAUGGAGGAGCUGCAGCGGCACCAUGAGCGGGAGCUGCAGCGGCUGCAGCAGGAGAAGGAGUGGCUCCUGGCCGAGGAGACGGCAGCCACGGCCUCAGCCAUUGAAGCCAUGAAGAAGGCCUACCAGGAAGAGCUGAGCCGAGAGCUGAGCAAAACACGGAGUCUCCAGCAGGGCCCAGAUGGCCUCCGGAAGCAGCACCAGUCAGAUGUGGAGGCACUGAAGCGGGAGCUGCAGGUGCUAUCGGAGCAGUACUCGCAGAAGUGCCUGGAGAUAGGGGCGCUCACGCGGCAGGCCGAGGAGCGUGAGCACACACUGCGCCGCUGCCAGCAGGAGGGCCAGGAGCUGCUGCGCCACAACCAGGAGCUGCAUGGCCGCCUGUCAGAGGAGAUAGACCAGCUGCGUGGCUUCAUUGCCUCACAGGGCAUGGGCAACGGCUGCGGGCGCAGCAAUGAGCGGAGUUCCUGCGAGCUGGAGGUGCUGCUUCGUGUAAAAGAGAAUGAACUCCAGUACCUGAAGAAGGAAGUGCAGUGCCUCCGGGACGAACUCCAGAUGAUGCAGAAGGACAAGCGCUUCACCUCGGGAAAGUACCAGGAUGUCUACGUGGAGCUGAGCCACAUCAAGACGCGGUCCGAGCGGGAGAUCGAGCAGCUGAAGGAGCACCUGCGCCUUGCCAUGGCCGCCCUCCAGGAGAAGGAGUCAAUGCGCAACAGCCUGGCUGAGUAGAGGUCCCGCUCAGCUGCAGACCCUCCAGGCUGGAGGACCAGCCGCCCUCUUUCCCUUCUGGAUGGAAGUCAAAAGCCAAGCUUUCUCCCCACCCUCUGUGGGCCACAUGUGCACUUGCACUCACCACACACCCACACACAGACACAGACACACACACACACGUGCACACAUGUACACACGGACACACACACACACACUCUGCGUAUCUGAGCGCGCCCCUCGCACUGGGUCUUACCUUGCACCUUCUUCAGGAUUUUAUAUGUGAAGAGAUUUUUAUAUAGAUUUUUUUCCUUUUUUUCCAAAACACUUUAUACUUUAAAAAAAAAAGAAAAAACAAUUCCUGGUGGUCGUGUGCCUCCAGCCCUGGUCCCUGCUCUGUCUCCAGCCACCCUCUGCUUGGGCUUCUGGGCUGGUGGCCCUGGUCCGGGGGUCUGGCAGAGGCCCAGGCAGCAGCCAUGGCAGGGUAUCUCUGCAGGGGAGAGGCGGGAGCCUGCCACCUUCCUCCUACCCUACCUCCUACUAACACUUCCUGCCCCAUUUGGACCCGUACCAUGGGGCUCAGGACAGAGGGAGCCAGCAGCUGGCUUCCAUGACCCCACAGCCUCCUCUGAGGCUGUGCUGGGUGCGGAACCGCCAGAGCCACCCAAAAGGUGAUUCUCUCCUGCCCCCUGAACCUCUUAACUUAAUAAAAUGUUCCAGCAA